AUGGCCGAUGCAGAGUUGGCGCCACCGCCACCUCCGUACAAUGUUCAGCCGGGCGAUUAUCUUGUGGUUGUUCAUGCUCACUCGGGCGGCGAAGAUGAAUUAACAAUGCAUCGCAACGAUAUCAUCCAGCUAGUCGAGCUGGAUGAAGAGUUUGGCGAUGGUUGGUGGCUUGGUGAAUACCCAGGUACCAACCAAAAGGGUCUCUUCCCCGCAGGCUUCACCAGGAAAGCUGAGCGAUACGAAUACUCCGGAUACCAAAACGCUCUUCGCAUCGACCCAUCACCCCAGGGCAUAAUCGCUUCCGAGAAGACCGAGUCGCCCGCGCAGAUCGAACCAACAACACCAAAGGAAAUGUCCUUUUCGGCUUUCGCAAGCGAGCAAACCACUCCGCAAGCAUCGCGACAGACCCCCGUCCCCGGAGCGCCGCAGACCAUGGAAUCUCCGUCGCAACGAUCCGCCUCAUCUCCCCUUCCCUACUCAAGUCUAGCCGCCGAUAUCCAAAACGCAUUGCGCCCAUCUGCGGAUCAACACGUGAAUGGCCAGGAUAGUCCAGUGAUGAAUGAGACUUUGAGUGUGAUUGACGAACACAUCACCGAUAUGAACACGCCCCGCCACAGCGUGUCAACGCAGGAUGCAAAGACCAUAAAUGACUCUGGGAGCGAAUACAGCACCCAUAUCAGCCAUCGCAUGUCAUACAUCAAUGGAAACGAGACGGACGAAGAAGAGCUUACAACGCUGACCGAGGAGCAGGUGCGGAGGUGGAAUCAAGUCGAGACUGCCAAUCACCUGCGAAGCCUUGGUGUUGAUUCCAAACACUGCGACAUUUUUGAAAACGAAGAGAUCACGGGCGACGUUUUGCUUGAGAUGAACCAAGAUUUCGUGUUUAUGAAGGAGUUUGACUUUGGUGUCAUGGGCAAACGACUCAAGACAUGGCACAAGAUUAAGGCACUCCAGGAAGAGGUCAAUAUGUCCAAACAGCAGCAGCAGCAGCAGCAGCAGCAGCAGCAUCAUCACCAACCGCAACAAACACCACAAACGCAAACCCCGAGAGGCUCCGUCGCUAGUAGCUACCCUAACCCCCAUGACGAACGCUCAAUGUCUCGCACCGGCCAUCCAACCGGCUUCCUCCCUCGCAUUCCCACUGUGUCGGAGAAGACCGGUGCAGGCUAUGUCCCUCGAUCAUCCAUGGGACCUACACAGCAUCCAAGGCUGGCUAGCAAUGGAAGCUCCCCAUCUAUACCCAUGACCCCUCCCCGAUACGAUUCGAGGAGAAUGUCAGCGGCCUCCAUUCGUGAAUUCAACCACGGCCGACGACAUUCUUCCAUCGACGCAACACAACGUGGCUAUUCUGAUCUCCAUGGUCAUCCCAAAAAACCAUCUUUCGAUCGAACUUGGACACUCAAUGGAGGAUCCCAGGCAGGACCUUAUGUACUGCCCCCUCGCCCCGGAACCUCAGUUGGUACCCCGACAGAAGGAUAUCGGGCUUUCCGCGGUGCAAUCGAAUCGGAACCGAACACUCCUGAAGGCAAUGAUGACUUGGACCGGGGCUAUUUCUCCGGCACAGAGGUUGAUACUCGCAAGAACAGACGCGUUCUGCAGAAACGGACAUCGACCGCCGGCAGCAACACUCAUUCUCGAAAGUCGAGCUACAACCAAGAAGAGCCUAUCUUCAUGGUGAAGCCCCCCAAGCGCCAGUCCCGAAUCGCCAGUGUUGAUUCCCUCCGCGAUGCCGAUAAACAUGUCUCUGUUGCGUCAAAGAACUAUAAUGACUCUCCGGCCAAAUCAAGACUGCGAAGCCUGAGCCAACGCAACUCUUCCUCUCAGAGCGGCCGCACCUCUCAGUCUUCUGACACCAAACCUGGCUUUUUCGCAAGCUUUGGCCCCUUGAUAGCCAAGAAAGGUACUGAUUCAGAAUCUUCGUCUGCCCGCUCAUCACAUUUCCAGCCUCUAAGGAAUGUUGGCCCUAAGAUGCGACGUGCUGUCGGCAUGCGCGCUAUCUCGGAUGCCGCUAACAAGGACACUUCCGCACCCGAAUCUCCCAAGGAAUUCGAUGCCAGCUUCGCUCGCACCGGAUCCACCACUCCAUCGGCCACAUCUAAGAGCUCAGAACGACACAGCACGGAUGGCUCUGGCAAGGCCGGCGAGCCUCCGGGCUUUGUUGUACGUCCCCGGACUGUCAAGUCUAAAAAGGAAACUAGUGCCUAUACGCAAGGUUUAGAGAAGAAGGCGCCCCAGGAGCAGAUUAGCGGCUGUGAUUAUAGUGGCUGGAUGAAGAAGAGGUCAUCCAACUUGAUGACAACGUGGAAACCCCGGCUCUUCGUUCUGCGUGGUCGCCGUCUGUCCUACUACUAUAGCGAAGAUGACACCGAGGAAAGAGGCUUGAUCGAUAUCACAGCUCACCGUGUGUUGCGGGCGGACAACGACCCCAUCAUCACCCUACAUGCAGCGGUCACUGGAUCAACUGCGCUCCCUGCCAAUGCCAGCUCUACAGACCAGAGCGCCAAGCUCGCCAGCUCAGAUCCAAUCUCUGGGCUGAAGAGCAAAGACUUGAGCGGCCCAUUCUUCUUCAAGCUGGUGCCUCCAAAGAUGGGCAAUUCGCGCGCAGUGCAAUUUACCAAGCCUACCACCCACUAUUUCCAGGUCGAUAGUGUUCAAGAGGGUCGUCUAUGGAUGGGCGCUUUGAUGAAGGCUACUAUCGAGCGUGAUCUGGACCAAGUGGUCUCAUCGACUAAUAAACAAAAAACCAUCAGUCUCAAACAAGCUCGCUUGAUGAACCAACGACCACCCGCACUGAUGACCAACCCUCUUCCGGAGAGUGAGAAACUGGUGGAAGAAGAGGAAGAAGAUGAUGGACUACGCAUCGAGGGCCUCAACUUGACCAAAUCUGGAUCCUCAGAGGGCAACUCCUACGUUGAUGCCAAGAACGAGCUAAAUGAAACUGACUCGACCUCCAACGAUCUUGCCAUGUCCAAUCCCCUUGGUGAAAUCAACACCGGUCCCACUUUCCUUAUUCCCAGUCCUCUAGGGAAGACGGAUUCCGAGUAA